GUCAAUAUUAAUAAAAUCUCCAGUUGACUUUGUGCCAUAAACAAUCUCUUAAUUUUUGGUCACGCAAACUUUUUUUCUUAAUUAGUAAAAUCCGAAACUCCAGCAAAGUUUAUAUACUUUAUACGAUACUACUAGUUUACAAAUUGCAAAUAAUUCGUAAAAUCCACGAAUAACCUCCUUAAGGUGGAAUGUGAUGCUAAUAAGUGGGCCUAGACGAUAUCGUAUAACCUCGAUGUCAGCAUCCGCCUCGAACCGUGGGCCCGUUAGCUUGCCAGCACAUGUUUUUCACAGUCCCUUCACCAUAAAACCCAGCAACUGAAAAAGGGAAGAAAUCCGACGAAAACCCACCGACCCAUCCGCGGGGCCCCACCUUCCUUCUUCCCCAUCCAAAUCUUCCCCCUCCCGUCUAUUUCCUGACGCCGUGCGUCACUCUUGCGCAACCGCGUUGGGAAAAUUCACCCCCUCCAAAAUCUAACGGCGUUCGCCCGAAAAAAAGAAAAAGAAAAGAGAAUUAAAAUUAAUUAAUUCCGUCACACACAGUUGUCGUUUUUCUCCUUUUCUUGCAAAACGGUUACCUCCAAAAAAACUCUUAAUACAACUCCCGCUUUAAAUUCUGGCCCAAAACCCCUCAAUGGAGAUUUGCACCGCAAUUUCUCGAACCCUUUUUCACCCUCGCUCCUCUUCAAUUGAAGUGUUGUUGUUUAUUCACUUUCUUUCUCUAGGGUUUUGAGGGAGAAUAAUAAGAAGAAGAAGAUGCAUUACAAGUCCAUGGAGGAGGCUAACGGUGGUUUUGCUGCAGCGGCGCCGACUCAGGGUGACGGAGGGAAGGUUGUGAAGUUGAGGUGUUCGGUGAAGACGUACGACUGGGGGCGCAUUGGUCCGGAGUCCACCGUGGCACGGCUUUAUGAGCGGAACAGCGGCUUGCAAGUGGAGGAAGGGAAGCCUUAUGCUGAAUUUUGGAUGGGCACUCAUGAGUCGGGUCCUUCCUUUGUUGUUGUUGAUUCGCCGGCGGAGAAUGGUGUGGCGGAAAACGGUGGCAUCACCGACACCGACACCGAGUUGUUGAGUUUGAAGGAUUGGAUUGAACAAAGUUCGGAGAUAAGGUGUUUGCUGGGGGAUAAGGUUUAUCAAGAAUGGGGCCCAAAUCUUCCGUUUCUCUUCAAGGUACUUUCAGUUGAAAAAGCACUGUCUAUUCAAGCUCAUCCAGACAAGGAAUUGGCUAAAAUUUUGCACAAGACACAGCCAAACAUUUAUAAAGAUGCUAAUCACAAGCCUGAGAUGGCUUUGGCCCUGACAAAGUUCGAGGCCUUGUGUGGAUUUGUCAGUCCCGAGGAGCUUAAAGACGUGUUCCACAAUGUUCCUGAGAUUGCCGAGGUGGUUGGCAGACCCAUUAUUGAACGACUGCUACAGAUGGAGGAGGUAGAGAAAUCAAAAGAAGUUUUAGAACUAAUAUUUACUGCCCUCAUGUCAGCCAGCAAGGACGCUAUUGCCCAAGCAUUAUCCAGAUUGAUAAGUCGCCUAAUCAUGAAGGAGGAGGCAAGGGAGUUGACAGAAAAGGAACAACUUGUAUUGCGACUUGAAAAGCAGUAUCCAGCUGAUAUAGGUGUCCUGGCAGCAUUCCUAUUCAACCACAUCAAGCUUAACCCUGGUCAAGCUCUGUAUUUAGGGGCAAAUGAACCCCAUGCGUACAUAUAUGGUGAGUGUAUAGAGUGCAUGGCGACUUCAGAUAAUGUCGUCCGAGCUGGCCUUACUCCUAAGGCCCGGGAUGUCCCUACUCUUUGUUCUAUGCUCACAUAUAAACAGGUAAUAUUGCACUCUACUUCGCUUGUUUGUGUGUAUUUUCUUUAGUCUUGAUGUUUUUGUAUUAGCUAUUGUAGUCAAGAAUUCUUGUUCUGGUUGCAAUAGGUUUGUUUAGUUUGGAUUUGGAGUGUGACCGUCCCUGUAGAAAGCUGAUAGACUCUCUAAAAACUGGGAAGUUGCUCGUUAAGUUUUUUUUUUCCUUAAGUCAGUAAUGAGUUUGAUAUGGUUGAUGAUAGCCUUGUAAUGAUGAACUUCUUACAUCAAUAGUCUUAAGGUACAUUUUUGGAGGCCCUGAAGCCUUGAAGUUUGUAAUAAAUUGCAUUGCUGUGUUCAUUCAUUCAUGUUAGGUAAUUUACGGAGGGGAACAAAAAACAAUUUUCAUGGUUUCGUGCAGAGAUCUAACACAUUAAGGAUUUAAGUAGUCUUCAACGGCGCUUAUUUUAAUGUGUGUUUUACUUUUUACUCCCGCUGGACUGUUGUGAUUUAUUGUCAGUUGGUUGCCCUUGUAUACCUGCUUGGUUUUGCGUGUUCACGAGGUUUUAUGAGGAUGUACUUGGGAAAAAGGGCCAUAAUGCCUUAAAUUGGAAACCUGACCAUUUGAUUUGGGUUUCUCUUGCAGGGUCUGCCAGAGAUUCUUGAAGGUGUUGCAGUGAAUGAAUAUGUAUAUAGGUACCUUCCUCCAUUUGAUGAAUUUGAGGUUGACCAUUGCAUCCUUCCCCAAGGAAAGCUUGUUGUUUUCCCAGCCAUCCCUGGGCCCUCCAUCUUUCUGGUCAUGGCAGGAGAAGGGACGAUUUCUUGUGCAUCCUCUGGGGAGGUAGUUGCUGAUGGCGAUGUAUUAUUUACACCUGCAAACACUGAGAUAACUAUAGCAACUACAUCCGGCGUGAAUUUGUACAGAGCAGGAGUUAAUAGUAGAAUUUUUUGAGGAGUUGGGCGGAUAAAUAAAAUAAACUCGGCUGAUAUAAGCUUUGAACAUAACAGGGAUUUGCCCACUGCCCAGAGCCUCUUACAGUGGAAUGGCCUACUUCGUUAUGCCAUGUGCCUUUGUUCUUUCUUAGGAUUAAAUUAAUAUUGUAUAUGCAAAACUAGCAAAUAUAGUGGAAGAUUUACCAAAGGCAAAUGAUACAUAUUAGCAAGAAAUAGCCAACUAAAAUUCUCUAAAUAUCGGGAAUGUCCCGUUUCCUCCCUUCGGUUUAUCCUGGAUGAUCAUGGUAAUCUAUGGGAACAAUUAGUUACAGCGAUUCUAUGGUUGGAAUUUGGAAUGUUAUGAUUUGGACUUUUGACUCUUGUUACUUUGUAUAUGGAAAAAAAAAAGGACGAAGAAGAAGAAGAAUGAAUGGUCAGAAAUUAUACAAUAUCGACGAUUACAUCUAAUAAACUCAAAAAAUCCCAAUAACCAGCUAUACUAACUCAAAAUUAGGUUACAAGUAGAAUAUCCUCCAUGAUUUUGGUGAUUACGUUAAAAUGUUUGAUUCUAAGCUUCAAAAAUAGCUCAGCAGAUCAGUUCUAUGUUCUCAACCAUAAAGUAAAUGUAUUCCGUAGAGAUCAAACUAUUGCUGAGAAAAUCGAAGUUCAUUAACUGCCGGUGUUAAUCUUCUGGGUCCAGACUAGACAACCAGGAAAGCAGUACACGAGCACCCUUUUCCCAGGAGCAAUCCAGCAUCAUAUCAUGGGCCACCCCUUCAAUGCACACUGGUGAGACACCAUAAAAUCGGCCUGUCUCCUGGAGUCCUUCCAGAUCCUACGAAUUUCAUUUAAUCUUAGGACGAGAAAUUGGCUUUGCAUUGCAACAGAAGAGACAUUGGCUUUAUAUUUAAAGAAAAUGCAAGUGGUAUAACAAGGUUAACAUUUUUUAUGGCUCAUAUGAAUCGCACAUUCUAUUGCUGAAAUCUUGAGAUUCUUUUUACCUACCACUAUGAAGUCAUCCUUUGCACCCAAAACAAAAACUGGAAGAGAAGGAUUUGUCAAGGGAGGAACAGGAAGUGAUGCAUUUAGCUUCCUUAGGUCAAACAAUGGCAUCCGUGAACUUUCCUUCAUCAACUUCUGAUAACUGAAGACAAAUAAGGGAAAUGUUUCAGCUAUUCCAAUUGAAGAACAGCAAAGGAAGAACAUUCUAAUAUGGUCAUGUUAAACACUUGAAUAAUACAAGGUCUCAAGCACAAACCGUAAAACCAGUUCAUCCUGCAUGGCAACGGAGAAGAAUGUUUCCCUACAAAUAGGCAACGAAGUUUGAAAUGCUUUGGCUGCCAAGCUGCGCGUUAUCUGCAGAAACAUUGAACCAAUACUGAAGGAAUGAUGGUAGCUAACAAGGUUAUGAAUGACCAAACUAGGCUUUUGGGAACAUAACUUAGAAUGAAAGGGUGAACUUUAUGUAAGACAAUAAGGCGACCCCCCCCCC